AUGUCGACCAACGUUCUCGGUCAAACUCUUCGUUCUUCGAAGAAUGUUGUGCAGAAAGCAUUCGUAGCGACAGCUCCAAGUUCUGACAUGCUUCGUUUCCGAUCACCUGUACUCCAGACUAACACGACCAAACUGGCUCGUUAUGGAGGUCGUCAUAACGUCGCCGUACUGCCAGGAGAUGGAAUCGGCCCUGAAAUGAUUGAUCACGUUGAGAGAAUCCUAACAGCUGUUCAAGCUCCUAUCGACUUCGAGGAAGUUAACUUGACUUCUAAAGAAGAUGCCUCAGAAGAUUUGGCAGAGGCUAUCACUGCUAUCAAAAGAAACGGAGGAAACAUCGAAACGAAAUUCGAUAACCCGAGUUUUGUCUCUCGUAACUUGGAGCUUCGUCGUCAGCUCAAUCUCUAUGCCAAUGUUCUUCACUGUUCUACAAUUCCGACUGUUCCGAGCAGACAUACAGGGAUCGAUAUGGUCAUCAUUCGUGAGAAUACCGAGGGUGAAUACUCAGGAAAUGAGCACGAAGCCGUCAACGCUCCCCAUCCACGAGUAGUGGAAUCUCUGAAAGUGGUCACUCGCGAGAAAUCGGAACAAAUUACUCGUUUUGCUUUCCAAUUUGCUAAGAAAUAUGGAAGAAAGAAGGUUACCGCCGUGCACAAAGCCAAUAUUCAAAAAUUGGGAGAUGGACUUUUCUUGAGAGUAGCUACAGAUAUAGCUAAAAACGAAUAUCCCGAAAUCGAAUUCAAUGCCAUGAUUGUCGAUAACGCCUCUAUGCAACUGGUUUCUCGCCCACAACAGUUUGACGUGAUGCUCAUGCCAAAUCUAUACGGAAACAUUAUCUCCAACAUUGCUUGUGGGCUCGUUGGGGGACCAGGACUUGUCUCCGGAAUGAACAUCGGAGAUGAUUACGCUGUCUUCGAAACUGGAACUCGUAACACUGGUACGACCCUUGCUGGAAAAGAUUUGGCCAACCCAACAGCUUUCAUUCGCGCUGCGGUCGAUAUGCUUCGAUUCCUUGGACUUCAAAUGCAUGCGGAUAUCAUUUCUGAUUCCUUGUUCCGUACUCUUGUAGACAAGAGAAUUCACACCGCGGAUAUUGGAGGAAGUGCUAAGUCCUCGGAACUUGUUCAAUCAGUGAUCGAAUUCAUCGAGAAAGAGCUGGAAGACCGAAACUACCGUGUUUGA